UGGCAGCAUCUUCGAGUUUGGUUUCAUUUCACUGUAGACCACCACAGCAACUGAAAGCAAGUCAUGGCAGUACAAUCUACUACUAUUGUGACAACCCAGCAUGUCUCAUCUGGUACCUGGACUACAGGCCUCUGUGACUGCUGUUCUGAUAUGGGAACUUGUUGUUGUGCCCUUUGGUGUUUCCCCUGUAUGCAGUGUCAGACUGCAUCUCAGUUUGGCUGGUGUUUCUGCAUGCCCUUGCUGGACUGCUGUCUGCUGGUUUCUUGCUGUCUGCGUCAGAAAAUGAGAGAGCAAUAUAACAUUAAUGGUUCCUGCUGUGAUGACUUAUGCACUGUCUGCUGCUGUUAUACUUGUGCCUGGUGUCAGAUGUCUCGAGAAAUCAAGAUUCGUGCUCGUUCUGGCGCUGUAGUCACCCAGCAAAUCAUACACAGUUAGAGUUUUGCAUGAAGUCUUGGUAGUGUGGGCGAAAAGUCAUGCAGGUGGUGAAAACGGAUGCCCUCUCUACCUAGUGGUGAUAUGUAAACAGCAAAGUCACUUCACUUCACUCAUGCUUCACUGCGUGGUGUUUUUUUUUUACACUGUUUUUCUCUUAUGUUCUGCAGCCAAUACUCAGAUGUUUGUAACUCACUUUUUUCAUUCUGAUAAAAAUUACAAAAAAAUAAGCACAACAUAGACAUAUGUUACAUGAAAAACAGAUCCUUGUUGCUUCAAUAUGUUAUAGUACAAAUACAAGUUUACAAUCAUUCAGCUUUGGAUUAGAUGGAACAUUUCAAUGAUAAAAUAAGGUAAUUAUAAAACCUGUUCUGCCAUGUUUGUUUGAUUAUAUUUGUGCAAGUGCUAACUUACUCUGCUUAAUCUUAGGUGUGAAAACAAGACCACAACUUGCGACACCAUCUAUUUUCAUAUUCAUUUGUUUAAAGUGUUAUUUCUAUAUAAAAGUCAUGUACACAAAAUGCAAAUAAAAGACUCUUGAAUUUUGAA